UUAGCUUUGUUUAGUGGUCUGGUUGGCCUCGGUUACCGCCAUAAAUACAUCAUCAAUCCUGCCAUUUGUUCUUCUCCCAUUUGGCCUCAUUUUUUCACGGUCAUAUAUUGCCCAUCUCAUCCAUUCAUCCUGCACUUGCCUCUCAACCUUGUCUUCCAUCUCUCCAUUGUUGGUACAUAGUUCCAUGUUGGGAGAACUGGAGGAAAACGGUCAGAAAGGAGAGGAGUUGGAUAAAGGGAAAAAGAUAGCAGAGGAAGAGGAUGAAGAAAUGAAAGAAAAUAGAGCUAUGGUUGAAAAGAGGCAGGAUAAGCUUUAUCCUGCUCCAUUGGUUUCCCAUCAGGAGGUUGUAAGGGACCGUUCUGUUUUCAUGGACAGCCUCCGGCAGUUCCAUGCUGCCAUGGGUACAAAGUUCAUGGUACCUGUGAUAGGAGGCAAGGAUCUUGACUUACAUCUCCUCUAUAUUCUAGUCACUCAGAAGGGGGGUAUUGAAAAGGUAAUUGUGGAAAAAAAGUGGAGGGAGGUGAUAUCUGCGUUCAACUUUCCUCGCACCACCACAAGUGCAUCUUUUGUACUUAGAAAGUAUUAUUUAAGUCUUCUACAUCAGUACGAGCAGGUGUAUUUCUUUGGAGCUCAAGGCCCUCUCAUAUCUCCAUCAGGUGGCCUCAUGGAUUGUUUACAAACAAAGACUCUCAAUAGAAAGCUUGAUCAAAAUGAAUCUGUUUUGGACCCGGCCAGAAGGAAGAGAACACUCUCAGCCUCCAGCUUUGUCUCUCAUCUCCUGCCUCCUAUGGGAAGCCAGCAAACAAUAGCUAAUGGCAAUGGGCUUGCAGCAUUUGCUUCCAUCCCUCUUGCUUCCGCUCAUGAGCAAGGUAGGCCGGCCGCAGGGAAAUAUAAUCUUCCAGUUACAGGAAGGAUCAUUGGAAAGUUCGAGCAUGGUUACUUUGUUACGGUGAACACUGGUUCGCAGGCCCUCCAUGGAAUACUAUAUCAUGCCCCUCAGCCUUCAGCCUCUUCCUCCAUAGCGAUUCAAAGCAAUGCUAUUGUCCCAUAUGCCCCCCAAACCCAAUCAAGGCGCAGGAAGAGGAGGCGCAGAAACCGUGACCCAGACCAUCCGAAGCCUAACAGAAGCGCCUACAAUUUUUUCUUCGCUGAGAAGCAUGCUAAACUGAAAGUUCUCCACCCUAAUAGGGAACGAGAUUUCAGCAAAAUGAUUGGAGAGGCCUGGAAUCAGCUCACUGAAGAGGAGAGAAAGGUGUAUGAUGAGCAUGGAAGGAGGGAUAAGGAAAGAUAUAGGAGAGAGAAACAGGAAUACAAGGAGAGGUUGAAGGUAGCACAAACAGAGGCAGUGAGUGCAAAAUUCACUUGGGAUAAGCCAUCCCAAGUGAAUUCUGAAGGUUGA